AAACACACACACGACUAUAUCAUAUCCAAAAUUAAACAAAAUUUACAUAAAAAAAAAUGGGGAAAAAUGAUAAAUCAGGGUUGGGAAGAGCUUUAGUAAAACAUCACAACCAUAUGAUACAAGAAUCAAAAGAAAAAGGUCAGCUUUAUUAUAAACAACACAAAAAAGUCCUCGAAUCCGUUACUGAUGUCGCCGAUAUUGACGCCGUUAUCCAACAAGCCGACGAGGCUGUCCGUCUCUUCUCUGCCGACAACCCCACCGCCGCCACUUCCCUUAUUGAUUUAGAGUCGGGUUCUAGCAUGCCUGAAAUGACUCCGGAGGAAAGGCGAGAGCAUCAAAAGCAAGAAGAAGCCCUACAUGCUAGCAGUCUUAGUGUUCCACGGAGACCACCAUGGAAUGCCAAAAUGUCGGUUGAAGAGCUCGAUGCGAAUGAAAGGCGUGCUUUUUUAAUAUGGCGGCGUAAUCUUGCAAGGCUUGAGGAGAAUGAUAGUCUUGUUCUGACACCAUUUGAGAAGAAUCUGGAUAUUUGGAGGCAGCUUUGGAGGGUUGUUGAACGUAGUGAUCUGCUUGUCAUGGUUGUUGAUGCACGAGAUCCGCUGUUCUAUCGGUGUCCAGAUCUUGAGGCAUAUGCAAGAGAAAUAGAUGAGCAUAAACAGACGUUACUUCUGAUUAACAAGGCAGAUCUUUUACCAUAUUCUGUAAGACUUAAAUGGGCUGAAUACUUCCGACUUCAUGGUAUUCUCUACUUGUUUUGGUCUGCCAAGGCUGCAACAGCGGAAUUGGAAGGGAAAAAAAUCGCUUCUUUGGACGAAAUUGUUAAUGAUGAUACGAAAAUACAUGGGAGGGAAGAGCUAUUAUCUCGUUUACAAUCAGAAGCAGAGAAUAUAGUCCUAAGGAGAACCAACUCACGGUCUAGUCAUAUGGAUCAUCAAGAAAAAUCAGCUGAUCAUGUAACCGUGGGAUUUGUUGGGUACCCUAAUGUCGGAAAAAGUUCAACAAUCAAUGCUUUAGUUGGUGCAAAACGGACGGGUGUAACCUCUACUCCUGGAAAAACCAAGCAUUUUCAGACACUUAUAAUUACCGAAAAGCUUACUCUCUGUGAUUGUCCUGGAUUAGUGUUUCCUUCUUUCACAAGCUCGAGAUAUGAAAUGAUUGCAUCUGGGGUUUUACCAAUUCACCGAAUGACCGAGCACCGGGAAGCAGUACAAGUGGUAGCAGAUCGGGUACCUCGAAAUGUCAUUGAGGGUGUCUAUAACAUCAAACUACCGAAACCAAAGCCAUAUGAGCCGCAGAACCGUCCUCCUUCGGCAUCAGAACUUUUGAGGUCAUAUUGUGCGUCCCGUGGCUAUGUUGCCUCAAGUGGACUGCCUGAUGAGACAAAAGCUGCACGUUUUAUCUUGAAGGAUUAUAUAGACGGAAAACUGCCUCAUUAUGAGAUGCCACCUGGCACGUCAGAUGUAGAAGCUAAUUUGAGAGAUGCGCUAUCUGACGAUAGUGAAAGUGAUGAAUCAAAUUCCGUUGUUGAAACUACUGAAGAGCAAGGCGGGGUGAGGCUAGAUGAUGUCAUGGAUGACCUCAAAUCUUUUGACUUGGCAAAUGGUUUAGGUCCAAGUAAAGGGGUUCCUGGUGCUAGGAUAAAAGUUGCUUCCACUGCAUCUUAUAAACAACACAAAAAGCCUCAAAGGAAGAAGGACCGAGCAUGGAGAGUCAAGGAUGAUGGGAGUGACGGGAUGCCGGUGGUAAGGGUGUAUCAGAAACCGGCCAACACAGGACCUGUCACGGCUAUUUAAAUGCAAAAACGGUUGCGGGCCCUUGUGGAUAUCGAAUGAUACAAGCCCGCUUUUGAUCACGCACUAAGUAACUCGAUUGGUAUUAGCGUUUACCUGUUUUGACUAGAGAAAUCUGAUAAUGUUAUAAUGUUUGGCAGUAUGUAUGAUUUUACUCUUAAAAUUGGGCCACAAGAAGAUUGAUGCAUUUUAUAUUUGGUUGUUGACGUCAAUUUUACUGUAUUUGUUCAUGCUUAUUGGUUUUAAGUUUUUAAUGCUGAUAUUAUAUA